CAUACGGCCCAACCCACAUGUGACAGCCUGGCUUCGGGAUACCCCUGGUUUCUCCGACCGACACCGAGCACCCCCGGGUCCCCAUUCCUCUCCCAUUCCCAGGCACCGAUCCUGCUCCUUCCUCUGGGUGUUUGUCUAUGGGCGAAUCUCUCCGGCAACGGCGACCUCUCUUCCCCUGCGCGUCCCUCUUCCGACGUUGCCACUCCGUCGUCCAUCGCUACCAGAUCGACGACCGCCCCUUCAUCCUCUCCGGUCUCUGCAGAUCUACGCCGGCGGCCCGCCUUACCGACGGUUCUUCCUAGCCACGGCACUUCUGGUUCACUCUUUGGUUUCUAGCUGAAGUCCCAUCCUAGAGGGGUAGAGGCAUUCCAUUUCCUUCAGUUCAGUGAUUGAGAAUGGAAAAUGGAUUUCCUGGCGAAGUUCUGAAGGCUGUUUUCCCUCUACUGGAUGGUAAAGACUUGGUCUUUUGCAUGCUUGUAUGCCGCCAAUGGUGCGAAAUUGCAAAGGAUGAUUACUUCUGGAAAUGCAUCUGCUCACGGAAAUGGCCUUCCAUCUGCAAGCAGCCUCCUUCUGACACAAACUUCCAAAAGCUCUAUUUAACAUUCUCCAAGCCACGGAAGACAGUACACCUUCCUGUACCUAAGCUCACUUUUGAGGAUCUGGUGUUUUACAUUGACAUGUGGCUUGAGGGAUCACUAAUCUUCUCUCAAGCAGUUUCAGGCUGCAUCCUUCGAGCAGGUUUACAGAACACACCUGGCGGCAUACCAGAUGUACUUGUUGCACAUCUGAAUGCCGCAGACUGCAUUUUGAUGAUGGAAGUCAAACCCAAGCUGACAGUCCCUAUGGGGCCAGCCAUCACCGUGUCUGUUCUUGCCCACCGCAAGGACACCAACAAGAUGACUUGCAUAAUCAAUACGUCGAGUUUUGAUUACAUUGACAGCAAUGCAGCACGGGCGUUGGCAUAUGAAUAUCUCAGGUUUUCGCCCAGACACCCUUUCAUAUCAGACAUCCGGGCCUGGAUGUCCUUGCUUUUCCUGUAUAAAGGAACAAACUCUAUAGAGGUAUUUGGUAUUGAACUAGAUUUUUGUGAUGCGGCAAGGUCCGAGCCUGAGAUCUUGUGGCUCUUAGACAUGCUUGAUUGGAAAUAGAAGCUACUCUUUAGUUGUGAUUUGAGCCUUUGAGGCAUGUAAAGAAUGUUCAUGAUAUGUUGAUCAUCUACUGUUGUAUUACUGAAAUAUAUGCUUUAAGAUGUUGGAAUAAAAUGGCGAUGUGAGCCCAUUGAUUUUCUA